CUCCCAUUACGAUCCUUUCUUAUGCCGAAAUAGAUAUGACCUUCAGAUUUUAGGAAUUUAUGCUGUGGAAGUGCUCAUUUUUUAUCUUUUUAACCUCAGUAAACUGAUGUAGUUAUCAGUGCGUUGCGGGACAACAGAAUCAACCGAGGGUAAAUCGGUAGAUCUAAAGUCACAGUAACAUCAUUUGGUCUGUAAAUUUUUGUUUUUUUAAAACCCUCUGCACUUUCCGGUGCCGUAGUCCGGCAGGAGCGCCCGUGGGCCCGACUUUUCCGGUGAAGAAUUUCUUCAUUUCAGGCUUACAAAUCAGAGCAAAGUCGCUUCUCUGCGCUGCUUAACCACGCAAAAGGAAAAAAAUCUUUUGAAACAAAGCAAGAAAAUGCAGGCUAUAGCAGGAAGUAAGGCAUUAUUCGCUCCUCUGCAAGCGCGUAGGCGUGUUCAAGGAUGCCGAGCCACGUUUAGCAGGUCGCUAAAUUUGGAAGUGACGCAGAAGCCGGCUAAAGUUGGAGAUUAUGUGCUAUCUUCUUCUUCUUCUUCUGUGACGGGACAACUGAUGUCUGCGAACAGAAUGGGCGCGGCCAUUUUUACCGCAAAGCGCGGUUCUCGCUCAGUCCGGGCCAAAGCUUAUGAUGGAGAUUUGGAGUCAACAGCUUCAGGAAAGGUUACGAGUUCAUCUUCAGGAACUGUUUUACCAUUUGUUGGUAUUGCAUGUUUGGGAGCCAUUCUAUUUGGUUACCAUCUUGGUGUAGUUAAUGGAGCACUUGAAUAUCUUGCAAAAGAUCUUGGAUUUGCCGAAAAUACUGUUUUACAAGGUUGGGUGGUCAGCACAACACUUGCAGGUGCUACUGUUGGAUCGUUUACAGGAGGUGCAUUGGCUGAUCAAUUUGGCCGAAAGAAAACAUUUCAACUUGAUGCAAUACCUCUCAUAGUUGGUGCUUUUUUAAGUGCCACAGCUCAAAAUGUACAGGCGAUGAUUAUUGGUCGUUUGCUUGUUGGAGUCGGUAUUGGCAUCUCCUCCUCGUUGGUCCCACUUUAUAUUUCAGAGAUAUCACCUACUGAGAUCCGUGGUGCACUUGGAUCUGUUAAUCAACUUUUCAUCUGUGUUGGUAUAUUGCUUGCUUUAGUGGCUGGAUUACCCUUGGCUGGAAACCCAAUAUGGUGGCGGACUAUGUUCACUGUUGCUACUGUGCCAGCAGUACUUAUGGCUCUGGGAAUGAUAUUUGCCCCUGAAAGUCCUCGCUGGCUCUUCAAGCAAGGCAAAAUAGCUCAGGCUGAAGCUGCAAUCAAGACCCUUUGGGGCAAAGGAAAGGUUGAAGAAGUAAUGGCUGACUUGAGAGCAGGUAGCUCAGGUUCUGUAGAAGAGGAUGCUGGGUGGUUUGACCUCUUUAGUAAACGCUAUUGGAAAGUGGUGAGUGUUGGAGCAGCACUCUUCUUGUUUCAGCAAUUGGCUGGUAUAAAUGCAGUUGUCUACUAUUCAACAGCAGUGUUUCGGAGUGCCGGUAUUGCCUCGGAUGUUGCUGCUAGUGCUCUUGUGGGUGCUUCAAAUGUCCUCGGCACAGCUGUUGCCUCUUCCUUAAUGGACAAGCAGGGAAGAAAGAGCUUGCUUAUGACAAGUUUUACGGGAAUGGCUGCUUCAAUGUUGUUGCUUUCUUUGUCACUCUCUUGGAAAGUUUUAUCACCAUACUCCGGAACUCUCGCUGUACUUGGGACAGUCUUGUAUGUCUUAUCAUUUUCAUUGGGAGCUGGCCCUGUUCCAGCUCUACUUCUCCCAGAGAUAUUUGCAUCACGUAUUCGUGCAAAGGCUGUUGCCUUGUCUCUUGGAAUGCAUUGGGUGUCAAACUUCAUUAUAGGUCUCUAUUUCCUGAGCGUGGUUAACAAAUUCGGAAUAAGUAAAGUUUAUUUAGGAUUUGCCUCUGUCUGUCUCCUGGCUGUUAUCUAUGUCAUGAAUAAUGUGGUGGAAACUAAGGGCCGCUCCCUGGAGGAAAUUGAGCGUGCUUUCUCUGCUGCAGCAUAGACAAUUUAUGGUAGGAAGAGUGGUACUCUUGUUAAGUUUGGUGGAAGAUGGAGAUGGUUGCAAUGUUUAACCUUGCCCGCAGAUUGAAUAAUUUUAACAGGUGGAGGUGGUCAUCUUGUAGAGGGAUCAAAUCUCUUUAGGAGGUUUGAUUUGCAAGAAUCACUGAUGUAGUUAGGAUUGCACCGAGUUUCAGGAAUAAGGUAUUUUCUUCCAAGCGUACCCAUGCAUUUGGUGGAAACAUGACUGUGAUACAGUUCAUAUGCGGGAACCCUUGUUGGAUCUAAAAUCCAUCCUUGUGCAAGAGUAUUCAGAUUACAUGGGGCAACGGUGGCUCUCAGAUGGUAAUUUGUAUCAACUUUAAGUGACAUAAAACCAUGCUUUUGUAAAGAUUAUGAACUUUAAUAUUUGCAAAAUUGAACGUUGAAUGCAAAAUGUUGUUGAAUA